GGAAAAUAGGCUUAAGUGGCAUAUUUACAUCUGAACAAAAAUAGUAGAUGAAUGGUCAUCGAUAAUUAUUUGACACUUACAACAUAACUUAUAAACAUAGAAAAUUCCCCGUAAGCUGCUUAAGAAAAUUCCUGGAGCCAUUCACUAUGAGCACAGUUUACAGCACAACAACGGCUUCUGAAAAUGGCUCCCCCUCCAAACCUGAAAACAUGUGUGCUUCAAACAUUCCAGAAGAAGAAGCACUUUGUUUGACUUUUGGCGAUGGCUCCAUUUCUGGCGGGAGAUGUGAGUCUCCCAGCAUUAGCAGCAGCAUCUCCAAUGAGGAAUCCAUUGAUUCUUUCCCCGUGGACCCCAGUAAAAUCAUCACAGAGGAAAUGCUGGAGGAGGAGAAAAGGCUGUACUCUUCAGCAAUCAAGGAGGAAGAAAAAAGAAAAGAAGAAGAAGCCAUGCUACUUCGGGAGAUGACAGAUCAAUCGAAAGAACAGAAAUUCGAGCGGCUAAAAUUUCUUCUCAGCAAGAGCACCAUGUAUACUGAAUAUCUUGUUGAGCGCAUCAAAAAGCAGAAAGAAGAGGAAGAAAAAAGAAGAGCGAGGCUUCAGAAAAAAAAUUUGAAGAGAAAGCAGGACAAAGAGGCCAAGCAAAGUGUUGGUGAGGACCAUCAAAAUGUUGGAAAACAAAUAGGAAGUGAUAACGAGGUUGGAAAAAAGAGGCCAGCGAGACAGAGAAAUAAACGCAAACAGUCAGACGAGGAUACUGAUAAUUUACCUGUAAAAACAAAAGGGAAAAGAGCCAAAACGGUUGGUAGUCCAACAUUAUCACCUCAAAGUAAAUCUCCAACCCAUGAAAAUGUAGAUAAUAAGGGUGACCAUUCUGACAGUGUUAAAGUUGACUCAGGUGAGACCGCCCAGAAAGAUGACAUACCCAGCUCCUUGAACAAUGAACCGGGACCAAGCGGGGAAAAACCAGAAGAGCCAGAACUCUUUGAAAAAGCUUUAACUUUUGGUGUCGAGGAAGAUGAAUGCUCAAAGCGUGUGAUAAACGGUGAACAGGUCCCCCUUCUCCAACCAAAGUUAAUGGAUGGCGGGGUACUUAGACCAUACCAAGUUGAAGGUUACAGCUGGCUUAAGGUUCUCUAUGAAAAUGGUGUAAAUGGAAUUUUAGCUGACGAGAUGGGUCUAGGCAAGACUGUUCAGUGUGUUGCAAUCCUUGCACACCUGGUAUACAUGGGCAUACCUGGCCCAUUUCUGGUCUGUGCUCCAUUAUCCACCAUUCCUAACUGGUUUUCGGAAUUCCAGCGUUUUGCUCCCAAAGUUCCCACAAUUCUUUACCACGGUCACAAAGAUGCAAGGGCGCAUAUGUCAAGGCGUAUUCGUAGAAAGCAUGAGAUUCGUAAAGGGGUAUCUGUACAGCCUGUUGUUAUUACGUCAUAUGAGAUAGCUAUGAUCGAUAGGAAAUAUCUGGCUAACCAUGAAUGGAAAUACCUGAUUGUGGAUGAGGGUCAUAGAAUAAAGAACACACAUUGUCGUCUUAUAAGGGAGCUACGUUUAUACAGAUCAACACAUAGACUUUUGUUAACGGGCACACCAUUGCAAAACAACUUAGCUGAAUUGUGGUCCCUGCUUAAUUUUCUUUUACCAGAGAUUUUUGAUGAUCUCGGCAGUUUCGAGACCUGGUUUGAUAUAAACUGCAUCAGCGAUGCAUCAUCUGAGGAGAAGAUUGUGAAUCAGGAACGUGCCAACAAUAUUCUUAGCAUGCUUCAUCAGAUUCUGUCUCCUUUUAUGUUGCGUCGGUUGAAGUCGGAUGUAGAUUUAAACAUACCCCCAAAGAAAGAAAUUAUUGUUUACGCCCCAUUGACACAACAGCAAAAAUCUUUCUAUUCUGCGCUGGUGGACAGAACAAUUUUCAACUUACUUGACUCCAAAGACAAAGAGGAAGAAAAGGUGGAGACAACUCCAAGUGGCCGUCCUAAACGGAAAUCCACAUCUGUCGUGGUGGACUACAAGAUGAUGAUGGAAACUGAGGAAGAGAAGAAGUUAAACAAAAAGGAAGGCUCUAAAGCUUGCAGUGUGAAGAGAUGGAAAGAUUGGGAGGAAGAAGAAAAGGAGAUAGAAAGUUGGAUACAUACAUUCAGUGAGAAAGACAAAUCCAACAACAGGGCUGACAAAGUAGAAAAACAGAGGACCUCUCAGGUUACAAUCAAGAUGAGAAAUGUCAUGAUGCAGCUGAGGAAAUGCUGUAACCAUCCUUAUUUGCUGGAGCACCCGCUUGACCCUAAGACGGGCGACCUUGCACUCACCGAAGGUGUUGUUACCUCAUCAGGGAAGAUGUUGGUUCUGGAUCGUAUGUUGAAGGAGCUUAAGAAAAGGGGACACAGGGUAUUAAUAUUUAGUCAGAUGACAAAAAUGCUGGAUCUUAUAGAAGAUUUUUGCCAGAUUCGGGGAUAUGAUUUCUGCCGUCUUGAUGGCAGCACACAAAUGAAUGAUAGAAAAGACAGUAUGAAUGUGUUUAAUGAGACGAAGGAUAAAUUUCUGUUUUUACUGAGCACAAGAGCUGGUGGUCUUGGUAUAAACCUGACAGCUGCAGACACUGUCAUCAUCUAUGACAGUGAUUGGAACCCACAGUGUGACCUCCAGGCUCAGGAUCGCUGCCAUCGCAUUGGUCAGACAAAACCAGUGGUUGUUUACCGCUUUGUUACAGCCAAUACAAUCGACCAAAAGAUUAUUGAAAGAGCUGCGGCGAAAAGAAAACUUGAGAAGAUGAUUAUCCACAAAGGUAAAUUCAAAAGUGGGAACUUCACAACUAAAGCUAAACCCAUCACCCCUGAAGAGUUGCGCAGCCUGCUGAACUCAAAGGACCAUGAGCUAGAGAUCAAAGGUGACAAUUAUGUCAUCACUCAAGCAGAGCUCGACCUUCUUCUUGACAGAUCUGAUCUACUGGAGAAAUGGAAAAAAAGUACUGAUAAAUUGAAAGAAACACAAGCAACUCCUCUACCUGAAGAAGCCAAACCUAAAAAAGCUCCACAGGCAAAGAAAGGGAAGGGGAAGAAAGGAAAGCAAGCUGACCCAGACAGUCAGAGUCAAGCAGCAAAGCUCUUUAAGGUUAUAGACACAACAGUGGAUGAACAAAGUAACGCAGAAAGUGUUGACAUGGAAGAUGUUCUGAGUGCUUGUUCUCAGUUGAGCUAAUUGUUAUUCCAGUGAUCUAACAAAUUGUAUACACUAUUU